AUGGCCCAAGAAGUCUCUGGUGAUUCUCUCGGCGAUGAAUUCAAAGGUUACGUUUUCCGUAUUACUGGUGGUAACGAUAAGCAAGGUUUCCCUAUGAAGCAAGGUGUUCUUUUGCCCCAUCGUGUUCGUCUCUUGAUGUCUAAGGGUCACUCUUGUUACCGUCCUCGUCGUACUGGUGAACGUAAGAGAAAGUCCGUCCGUGGUUGUAUUGUCGGUUCUGAUCUCUCUGUCUUGUCUCUUGUUGUUGUUAAGCAAGGUGAACAAGAUAUUCCUGGUUUGACCGAUACUACUGUCCCUAAGCGUCUUGGUCCUAAGCGUGCCUCCAAGAUUAGAAAGUUCUUCAACUUGUCUAAGGCUGAUGAUGUUCGUAAGUAUGUCAUUCGUCGUGAGGUUCAACCUAAGGCUGAGGGUAAGAAGCCCUACACCAAGGCUCCCAAGAUUCAACGUCUUGUCACUCCUCUUACUCUUCAACGUAAGAGACAUAGACAAGCUCUUAAGCGCAGAAGAGCUGAAGCCUCUCGCGAAGCUGAAGCUGAAUACAAGCAAUUGCUUGCCAAGCGUGUUAAGGAACAAAAGCAAGAAAAGUUGGAACGUCGUCGUACUUCUUCUAUGCAAAAGUCUGCUUCUAAGCAAAAGACUGCCACCUCUGCUUAA